GCCGCUAAUCUGCGUGUGCGUGGCAACUCGAGGGCUGCGUAUGCUGACUUCCCAACAACGUGGCAGAUAUCUUGGCGACACGCGGUUGUGGUAGUAUGUCCGGUUCUCUUGGAAGUGCAGCUGCAAGAACGGAACAAGAAAGUCUUUGCCUCGACAAAGCGUCAAUUGCGAGGAACUCUUUGGCUAGAAAGCGAGGAUUGUCGACGAUCUGCCUUGCAGAUCUACGUGAGUGGAGUGAGUCGCGAUGCAUUCGUAAGAACAUAACGAACUGGUUGGCAACCCCGCCGAGAAAGUCAAAGACAGAAUGGAUCCGCGAGUUGCCUCUACGUUUCUACGAUCAAACGCAUAAAAAUACGUAUUUGGCGUGGAUUGACAACGCGUUGUAUCAACCGGCGGGACUGGCUUUGAAAUCAUGUGGCCAUUGUGGGAAAGAUCGGUUUGAUGGGAAUUCCUUUCUUGGCCGGUUUCGGUGCGCUCAUCGCGUGGCGUACCGGCCAGUGGACGCGCACGCUUAGUGCGUACACUUGGGUGGGGAUUGCGAGGUUUCGCUCGAUCUGACUUUGGUGAUUGUGCCGAGUGACCAAGAUAUGGCUGCUCGACGCCAAAAAAAUCGUGAAGACGACGCACUUGCAAGUGCUGAAGAUGCCGCGCCUUCACGGCCGCCGUGCGGACUUUUUGUUUUGGGAACACAAAAUAUAGCCGAACGAAUCAUGCAGAGAAACGAUGUGUCCGUUUGCCGAGAAUCUACUCAUUCGUUGCAUGGUACUGCGCCUUUAUGCGAUGAAGAUGAUACUGUAUACCCCAAUACGCGCUCCCUUCGCCUGUACCCGCCGUUCACAAAAGCGACGUCAAAAAGCACGCGCACAAUGCGAGAACCACACAGCAAAUACUAUAUUGAUUUUGAGACGACAACGAGGGAGGAGCAGCUCGAAAAAUUCCAAGCCUUGAUAAGACCGAUUGUUUCGCAGAAUUCGGCGGACACCGACCUGCGGUGCCCUUGAAAAAUGAACAUGUAGGAGGUAACGGUGGACUAUGGUCUGUUUGCGUAUUCUGGAUGAGCAACGCUAUGGUAGAUACCACUCCGAAGCAUCCUCACUUAAAGCAAGGCUUCUAAAGAACAUGUGACAUCUAGAUGCUGUCUUAAUCACAGCGAGCUUGUACAACUUGAU